GUGUCUGUUUCCGUGUCUGUGUGUGUGAUCUCUGACUGCCCGUUGUUCUGCCUUUUCACAGGGAGUGAAGAGCCAAACUCUGACGACUCUAGUGGAUCUCCAGUUGCGAUGGACCGAUAAGAGACUGAUGACGUCAGUGCCCGGGAAAAGUACCCGGAUCUUACCGAAGAGCCUGCUGUGGUCACCUGACCUCUACUUACUGAACACUAACGACGACAAGGACCCAGAAGGACGGCUGGAGGUCUGUGAUCACGUGCGUCUCCAUGACAACGGUACUGUCGUCUGCAGGGGACAAACCAUUCUGGUGACGGGGUGUGAGGUCGACCUCUUUACUUUCCCGUUUGACAGCCAGAGCUGCCCCCUACGUUUUGGAUCCUGGCUGUACGGAUGGGACGAACUUCGGUGGGAGAACAUGUCCUUCACUGCUGAAAUGCAAAAGGAGGCCGACUGGGAUCUAAUAGGCUUUCCUGUUAAACAGGAGAUGAUGACUCACAUAGGAUGGAGAGAUCCACACAGCGAACUGACCGUCUGCCUAAUGCUUCGCCGGAAACCUUUCUUCAAGGUGGUGGAGCUGAUCCUGCCGUGCGCGCUGCUGCAGGCCCUGACGUGUUUGUUUGUUUGUUUGUUUGUUUACAGGUGGUGGAGCUGAUCUUGCC